AUGGUAAUUCUUGAAGAAAGAGAAAAAGCCAGGUAUUAUUCUGUAAUUGUUGAUGCAACACCUGAUUCAGCUCACAUUGAACAGACAGCAUUUAUUUUGAGAUACGUGCAUGAAACCGAAGAAGAAAGUGAACCCUACAAAGUGCAAGAACGACUUCUAUGUUUUGCUGAUUGCACAAAAAAGAGUGGCAAAGAUAUUGCUGAGCUUAUCUUGAGUACUUUGAAACGCUAUGAAAUCCCUAUAGAAGACUGUAAAGGCCAAGGGUACGACAAUGGUAGUAACAUGAAAGGUGCCUAUAAAGGAGCUCAGGCUUUCAUAUUAUCAGCCAACAGCGAAGCUGUUUACUCUGCGUGCACUUGUCACUCCUUAAACCUUUGUGGUGAACAAGCAGCUGAGUGCUGUCCAGCGGCUAUAACUUUUUUUGGGGCUGUCCAAAAGUUAUUCAACAUUUUCAGUUCAAGCCCCCAGAGGUGGGAUAUUUUGAAAAAUAAAAUACCCGGAUCUCUUCACUCCAUGUCAAAAACACGAUGGUCAGCAAGAGUGGAUAGUGUAAGACCUGUUGCAGCUCAUCUUCCUGGAAUAGUAGAAGCACUUGAGGAAGUGAUCAAACUAAAUUUGACAGCAGAAUGUCAUCGAGACGUAGAGGGACUGAAGAAAUACUUCAAGAGCUUCAACUGCCUUCUUCUUGCAUCGGUUUGGUACAAAAUAUUGAAACCCAUUGACACAGUCAACAGAGUUUUACAGAACCGUGGUGAAACCUUAGAUGUAGCGUCAAAGAAUCUAAGUCAAUUGAUAGAAGAUUUGAAAGUUUUGCGGAAUGAUGGUUGGGAUAAAAUCUUCAAUGAAGUUUUGGUCGUUGCUGAAAACAUAGGAUGGCCGCAGCAACUUGAAGAGGAAGAGAAAAGAAGUAGGAAACGUAAAAGAGCAGCUGACGAGGACGAUGAGGUGUGUGAUGACAAUACGGAACAUGAACUUCAUGCAAAGACCACUUUUAAGAACAAAGUUUUUAAUGUCAUUUUGGACAGUGUCAUUGGGGACAUGACAGUGCGUUUUAAGUCAGUCAGUGAUUUGUGUAGAAACUUUUCUGUUUUGUGGUCAUUCAAAGAAAUGCAAGAUGACCUGAUCGAAACUAAAUCUGCUGAACUAGUACAAUGA